CUUCUCCUCUCCUUUAAUUCGUUCUGGCACGGACCAUGCCAUCACUGGUGGUGGACGUAGCUGUUGUAUCUACGAAAGGAACGGUAGCACCUUCGAACCUCCUGAGUCCUGAUUUCCUCUUCCGAUGAGUGAAAUAAAGACGGAGACGGCAAACUGACACAAUGGCGACGGCAAACUGACACGGCGGCGGUGACAGCAAGAUGGAGACAAGGCAGCGGCGGCCGGAGUCCUCCUCCUUCCGAUGAGUGAAAUAAUGACGGUGAUGGCAAACGAACAAGGCGGCGGCGACAGCAAGAUGGAGACAAGGCAGCGGCGGCCGGAGUCCUCCUCCUCCUUCCGCUCUCUCUUAUUUUUCUUAGUUGUUGUUGGAACCAGAUCUAAUAAUUUGUUUAUUCCACCGAGCCUUUUGGUUCGUUACUUCGUUUUAGUGCAUCAAAAUUGCACUUUUCUUCUUCUUUUCUUUGGUGGCUUCUAUUUUGCAGAUCUGGUUUGUCCAUGUGAUUUCACUGGGUUUUGUUUAGUUUUUUUAUUCCUUGUUUACUCUUAUUUUGUUUCUUUGUUUAAUUCCCUUUUCAAGUUGUAAUUCCACUUUUUAUUCCUUGUUUAUUUUUAUUUUGGGGCUGUCGGUGUUUAUUAUUGUCACAGCUUGAUUGGAUUGUCAUACAUUUUUACAAUGAUAUUUAAAUUGUUAUUAUCGCAAUGACAUUGUAUAUUUCAUUGCCAUACAAUGGCAUUAUAUAUUACAUUGUCAUAUGAUGACAUUGUUUGUACGACGAGUCCAUGACAUUGUUACAUUAUAAUUCAAUGACAUUGUAUAUUACUCCGUACAAUGUAGUAUGAUAAUGACAUUGUAUAUUACAUUGUCGUAUGAUGACGUUGUAUAUUACAAUGUUCUACGAUGACAUUGUAUAAUACAUUUUCAUAUGAUGACAUUGUAAA